AUGGCUGUGAACGAGAGAACUCCGCUGUUAGCCGACACUGUCGCCAGCACUUCUCACGUCUUUCUCGAUAACAACGCCAGCAUGAAGAAGUCUAAGCGCAAGCGGACUAGUGCCCACGACCACGAAAUCCUCGAGGAUGCCUAUCUCAAGAAUUCCAAGCCUGACAAGAGCGAGAGAGCCUGCAUCGUCGCCAAGGUCGACCUCAACGAGAAAGAGGUGCAGAUAUGGUUCCAGAAUCGCCGCCAGAACGAUCGUCGUCGCUGCAAGCCCCUGCAGUCGCACGAAGUCGAGGCUCACUUCCACAAGUCCGCUGUAUCGACUACCACUCCCACUUCCUCCGACUCUACCACUCAUACUCACCCUGCUCCGACUCCUUCUCCGAUUACCGACAACCUGUCGUCUCCCACUCCCGAAGAGUCCAAUGUGCCUGCUUCGUCGGCCGAUACUGUCGCGCCACCCACGUCUCAGGAUGCCAGACUUCUCGAAACCCCACCCUCGAGCAUUCAGACUGCAACUCAGAAGUCAGCCGCAUCGAGCAAGGUCUUGGUCGCUUCGAGCCCUAGCAGUGGCCGCAAGCGUGGUCACGACGAGAUGGCCGAGGCUGAUCACGCUGCUCCCGUCUCGGUCGAGAGCCGUCCGCCCAACAUCAAGGAGCCACUCAAGCGGAGCACCAGUAUGCGUUUGACCAUGACCGCAGAUGGCGCCGUCAAGAUCAAGACCUCCAACUCGCCAACUCCAUCGCCUCCCAAGCCUCGGCAUAAGCCUGUCAAUGAAUCAAACUCCAACAAGAAGGUCAAGCUAUCACGCUCCAUCAGUAUGUUCGAGGAUGGACAAACCUUCCGUGACCCUUCGUCAUCCAAGAAGCUCGGUCAUAUGAGCGCCAACUUCGGUAGAUCUCGAGAUGCUCGCACCUGGGAGUUCUAUUGCGAUAAUGGCCCUGAUGACCCCCUCUCUGUGCAUGCCGAGGCUGAGCGCAAGGGUUCGGCUGUGAGUGCCAUCAACCUCAUACGCUCUGCUGGUAGCAAAUCGCGCGCUGCUACUGCUCUGAGUCCCGUCCCAACCAAGGUCAAUUCUCGCGUCUCACAGUCGGCUACCACUAAGAAAGCCAAGCUCUCCCGGGCUCACUCGUCUCUUGCGACCCUGCAAACCAGCUCUAGCGGAGGUGGCCCAAAGAAGCGUACUUCAUGCUCUGUGCCUCGUGUUGAUCGCACCGACGACAGCGAGAAGGAGAAUUGGAAGCCGGGUACCACUGAUGUGUAUCACGAGCUCCGUCGCUCAGGCCCUAGUACCAACACUCACGCGGUUCUUGGCGAGAACGAAGAGCUUUCACAGCCGGAGGAGUCCCCCACCAAGGUUGCUGCUGACCUCGACUGUGUCCAUGGCCUGCUCUCUCUGAGCCAAGGUGCUUGGAAGUAA